UCAUUGGUGGAAACCAGCAGGAAGAAGAGAAGCAAGAGAGCUCGGGUCGUGAGAUCUGUCAAGUUCAGCCACACCAGGCAACUCUACAGAGCCGCUGCCGCAUCAGACCCCGAAAAUACCGCGCCUGCUUCCUCGUAGUCGUCUUUGGGGUUUCGGCGAAGUCAGGUCAAACCUGCGGACGUUAGUGCCGCUUUUUAGAAAGAGUCACUUACCCCAAAGUUUCCGGAAAUACACCGCAGAGGGCAUCCGUGUGAGGAUGGCUGCCUACAAGCUGGUCCUGAUCCGCCAUGGAGAGAGCUGCUGGAACCAGGAGAACCGCUUCUGCGGCUGGUUCGACGCGGACCUGAGUGAGACCGGAGAGCAGGAGGCAAAGAGAGGAGGACAGGCCCUGAAAGAUGCUGGCUAUGAAUUUGAUAUUUGCUACACCUCUGUCCUGAAGAGAGCCAUCCGCACCCUGUGGUUUGUUCUGGACAGCAUCGACCAGAUGUGGCUGCCUGUCCACAGGACCUGGCGCCUCAAUGAGCGUCACUAUGGUGGCCUGACUGGGCUGAACAAGGCUGAAACAGCAGCCAAACAUGGAGAAGAGCAGGUCAAGAUCUGGAGGCGCUCUUUUGACAUUCCUCCCCCACCCAUGGAUGAGGGGCAUGACUUCUAUCAGACCAUCAGCAAGGACCGCCGUUAUGCCGACCUGACGGAGGAUCAGCUCCCCUCCUGUGAGAGUCUCAAGGACACCAUCGCCAGGGCGCUGCCUUUCUGGAACGAAGAAAUUGUCCCACAGAUCAAAGAGGGAAAGAGGGUGCUGAUUGCUGCCCAUGGCAACAGUCUCCGGGGCAUUGUCAAGCAUCUCGAGGGGAUGUCAGAGGAGGCCAUCAUGGAACUGAACCUGCCCACAGGCAUCCCCAUUGUCUAUGAGCUGGACAAGAACCUGAAGCCUAUAGGACCCAUGCAGUUCCUGGGAGACGAGGAGACGGUCAAGAAGGCAAUGGAAGCUGUGGCUGCUCAGGGCAAAGCCAAGAAAUAGACUCAUCCUCAGCGGGGGACUAGAGUACAGAUCAAUCAUGUGCUGUUCAGUUAUCAAUUUAAAACAAGGUCAUUUAUUGUUUGUGUCAUCACAGACUUGCAGAAACACAAUGUGCACUUUAUUGUGAUAAUACCCACCUUUCACACAAACAUACAGUCUGGUAUUUGAGUUGAUUGGUCUUUACUUUUUGGCAUAACUGAAACACACAUUUCAUCAUUAGACUAUGGAUAUCUGCUGUAAUUUGGUUUAAGCACUGACCAAAAAUUGCAAAUUAGGGACCAGCAAAUAGGAGCAAACAUAGACUAACUCUGCAGUCAUCCUAAGUAUUUCUUCCAAUUUACAAUCCGUGUAGGUGAAACUCAGUGGGAACAUUGUAUCCUAUGACGAAACAGUGGCUGUUGUCAAAAGGGCAAGCUGAUAUGCUCUGCACUGCUGAAUUUUGUUUGCUGUGGCAUUGUGAGUAAAAGAAUAAAUGUUGUGAACCAUAAUGUGAGGCAAUUAGUGUCUGACAUCUUUUUCCAGCAUAACUUUCCGCUCUGUCAUUAUGGUUCAUCUGGUUAUGGACAAACUGGUUGGGUGCAGUCUCUCUUGAAAAAAAAAGUAGUACAGAUAUUAGUUUUAAAAGGGAACUAAAAUACAUAUUACAACACAG